AGCACCGCCCGCCGCCGCCGCCAUCUUUGUUGAUGUGUCAGCUCGGCGGGGCGGUCGCGGCCGGCGGGGAGCACCGCAGCCAUGGGGGAGCUGCCGCCGCCGCCUUCCCUGCCAACCUCGUAGCGAGCGGAUUUCCAAAGAAAGAUGGAGGAACAUUUAUCAGAAAUGCAAAGCACACAGGACCCAGUCAGUCUGUCAGAUGAUGCCUCUUCCAGGUCCCCAGAUAAUGAGAAGACUGAUAAAACAUCUGGAAUGAAGGACUGCUCAAGCAUCAGUUACACUGGAGAUGAUGCUGGUGUUUUGGAAAGGGAAUCGAGGUUGUUGCCCUUGGAUCAGGAAUCAACAGGUAGUGGUGUAAGCAGCAAUGGGGCCCUGGCAAAAGGACAAGAGCAGCAGAGUGGGGAGGCAAACAGCUGUUCCAGUCCCUGCUCUGAAAGAAAGGUAGAAGACUCCACAAAACCAGAACGAAUAUCUAUUGAGGAAUUUGAACAACAAGAUCCAAAAAGUAAGCAGGCAGAACAGUCAUUAAUGGAAAUAUUACAGGAGCUCAGGGAGGAGUCUGACUUUGUGAAAAACUCUAGUGAUAAAAUCUAUUCGGAGAGCCCCUACGACACAGACUGCACCAAGAAGCUUAUUUCCACCAUACAUCAGACUUCCUCACAAGAGGAUUUGCUAAAGGAAAUAGAGUCUGAACUCUUAACUGCAGAUUUUCCAAAGGAGAGACAAUUCCCAAACGGUGUGAGGAAGGGUGAACAAGCCUUGGCCAUGUUUGAAAAAUGUGUGCAAGAUAAGUACCUGGAGCAAGAACAAACUAUUAAAAAAUUGAUUAAAGAAAAUAAAAAACAUCAGGAACUGAUUUUGGACAUUUGCUCAGAAAAGGAUAAUUUAAAAGAUGAAUUGAAAAAACGAACAGAAACAGAAAAGCAGCACCUAAACAUUAUUAAACAGCUGGAAGCAAGAAUGGAAGAGCUUAAUAAAGAAGUGAAAGCUAGUAAAGACAAACUUUUAACUCAAGAUGCAGCAGCCAAAAAUGCUAUUCAGCAGUUGCAUAAAGAAAUGGCCUUUCGAAUGGAACAGGCAAACAAGAAAUGUGAGGAAGCACGCCAUGAAAAGGAAACGAUGGUGAUGAAAUAUGUCCGAGGGGAGAAGGAGUCACUUGACCUUCGAAAGGAAAAGGAGAUUCUUGAGAGAAGAGUGAGAGAUGCAAACAAAGAAAUUGAAAAGCAUACUAAUAAAAUCAAGCAGCUUUCUCAGGAAAAAGGAAGAUUGCACCAACUCUAUGAAACUAAGGAUGGUGAAGCCACUCGACUCAACAGAGAAAUAGAAAAAUUGAAAGAAGAAAUCAAUUCUCAUAUUAUCAAAGUAAAAUGGGCUCAGAACAAAUUGAAAACAGAAAUGGAUGCACACAAGGAAACCAAAGAACGACUCAAAGAUGCAACAACAAAAUUAACUGAAGCAAAAGAAGAAGCAGACCAGAUAAGGAAAAACUGUCAAGAAAUGAUAAAAACCUAUCAAGAGUCAGAAGAAAUUAAAUCGAAUGAAUUGGAUGCAAAACUCAGAGUAACUAAAGGAGAACUAGAGAAACAAAUUCAGGAGAAGUCUGAUCAUCUGGAGGUGCAUCAUGCAAAAAUAAAAGAACUGGAAGACUUGAAGAGAACAUUCAAAGAAGGAAUGGAUGAACUUCGAACACUGAGAACAAAGGUAAAGUGUCUAGAAGAUGAGCGUUUAAGAACAGAAGAUGAGUUAUCCAAAUAUAAAGAAAUCAUUAAUAGACAGAAAGCUGAAAUUCAGAAUUUGCUGGACAGAGUCAAAGCUGUAGAUCGUCUGCAGGAUCAACAUCAGAGAGACGAACAAGAAAUCAGUGCUUUAAAGGAAGAAGUAGAUGGUUUCAAUUCUCUCAUUGCUGAUCUCCAGAAGGACAUUGAAGGUAGUCGGAAAAGAGAAUCUGAGCUAUUGAUAUUCACUGAAAAAUUAACCAGUAAGAAUGCACAGCUUCAGUCUGAAAACAAUUCCUUACAGAGCCAGUUGGAUAAGCUUUCUUACAGCGAAAGAGAGCUGCGCACUCAGCUGGAAUGUGUUCAGCAAACUAAAGAUGAUCUGGCCACCAAGUUGCAGAAGGAGGAGGAUCAGCGAAAGCUGGAGGUUGAGACCCUCCAGGCUCAGCUAACUUCAGAGCAGACAGAGCUGGCAGCACUGAAGACCCAUGUGGAUGAACUGAAAGAUGAACUGGCUACCCAGAAACGCAAGCAUGCAGCAAACCUGAAAGAUCUCUCAAAACAACUUCAGCUAGCACGGAGGAAAUUGGAUCAGAUGGAAAAUGGCAAUUAUGACAAAGAAGUCAGCAGCAUGGGGAGCCGUUCCAGUUCAUCAGGGUCCCUGAAUGCACGCAGCAGCAACGAGGAUCGGUCGCCUGAGAACACAGGGUCUUCAGUGGCUGUGGAUAGCUUCCCAGAGGUGGACAAGGCUGUCUUGGUUGAAAGAAUACUAAGGCUACAGAAGGCACAUGCACGAAAAAAUGAAAAGAUGGAGUUUAUGGAGGAUCACAUUAAACAGCUGGUGGAAGAAAUCAGGAAAAAAACAAAAAUUAUUCAGAGUUACAUUUUGCGGGAAGAAGCUGGAACACUCUCAUCAGAGGCCUCUGACUUCAACAAAGUACACUUGAGUAGACGGGGUGGGAUUAUGGCAUCUCUGUAUACAUCUCAUCCUGCAGAUAGUGGGCUCACGUUGGAACUCUCCUUAGAAAUAAACAGGAAGCUGCAGGCUGUGUUAGAAGAUACAUUACUGAAAAAUAUUACACUGAAAGAAAACCUUCAAACUCUAGGAACAGAAAUAGAACGACUUAUUAAACACAAGCAUGAACUGGAGCAGCGAAUAAAGCAGACAUAAGUAAAACUUCCAUAGAAUAACCAAUAUGAAGAUGUGGAGAAGGCAGGUGCAACAGACCACUGUUUUUCACAUUUUUUCUGAAAUUGGGUUGCCUGCCAGCACAAGGAUCUGACAUUUUGCAUAUAUAGCCUUUUUUAACCAUAAAGGCUUACUCGUGUGAGGGUUUGGCGUCAACAUGGUUCUGUCUGCUCAAUACCAGCCUGAGGUGUUUCUGAAUUUUACCACACACUACAUUUAUCUAAAGCUUUUAUUUGAAAUGAUGUAUAGAUGCUUUGUAGUGCAUACUAUGUUUUGAGUUGCAGUGAGAUUUAAAUUUCUGCACUGUGUAAUUAAUCAGUCUCUUAAUGAUGGAGCUUGAAAAAAAAUUAAACCAAUUAUGUCUUAGUUGCUGUUGAACAUAUCCCAAGUGUUACUGAGCUUCAAGGGCUUCUGGACAUUAUUUCCCUUUUGCAUAUUAUUUCAGAUAUUUAGGUUGAUUAAGCAUUUUUACCUACACAUGGAAAAAUGCUUUGUCACAGAAUUCUGAUUUUUAAGUAGUGGCCAUAAUAAUGCAUAUUUUCUACUUCAGACUAACAUUUAACUGGUCAGUUUCUUUGCUGAAAAGAAGUCAAACAGUGGUAAGACUAAGGGAUAAAGGAGCUUUCUGAUUCAGUUGUUGAGUAUGUACAACAGAAACAAAUGUCAGUUCAACAAGUCUUGUAAACCCUUGAUUUUUCAACAUGGAUUUAAAAAAGUUUGAUAUUAGAUAAUUGGUCAAUAAAGUUCUCUGGCCUUCUUCAUAAUGAACAGCAUUAAGAAGGUAGGAGUUUUAACUAGACAUUCUUGUGUGUGUACAGGGUGGACAUUGUGUUUGAAUCUGUUUUCUUAGACAAAUGGAAGCUAACUAAAUUUUCUCACUAACUGUGGAUAGAUGAGCUAGUGAAAAUAGUGAAGUAAGAAAUGGGGAAUAUAUCUAGAUAGGAUUGUAAUCUAUUGGUUGGACUGUGAAAGUGGCACAGAAGUCUGUGUGACUCCUUAAUUUUACUGUUGUGAAGAAUUAGUUGGCCAAAAUGGCAUCAACUGAGAACUUCUACUUAGCCCUGCAGUGGCUGAGGGAGUGAUGGAAGAAGAAUAUCAAGGUGACAAGAUUCUGGUUAAUUACAACAUCAUAUUCACAUUUUAAUUCCCCGAUUCCCAGAAUUUACAGGUACUGAAAUAUCUAUAUUCCAGCAGUAAGUGCAUAGAUUUCUGUAUUUAUUGCAUUUUGACCAAAAUUAAUUGAACAGUUCACAGUGUAAAUAUAGACUUUGUUUUUUUAUUAAAUACUUGAACUUCAUAUUCUCAUGAAAAAAGAUUUAAUGUACAUUUAAAAUAGCAAUGCUUUAGCUAUUUUAAUUAGAGAGGAUACUGGGGGGGUGGGGUAGGGUGGGGGGAGGAGUAAUC